GGGUCGGUCGGGGCCAGGGAGGCUGGCGCCUGUUGUCGCGAGUCCCGGCUCCGGGUGUCCUGCCAGCGAGCGGGGCAGGAAGGAGCAGCAGCAGCAGCGCGCGGGCGAGGAGCCGAGGGCGGGCGCGCGGGACGGGCAAGGAGGGGGUCGGGUCCGCUGCUCCUCCGCUCCUGCUGCAUUGCAGCCUCUCUCCUUCUGCCGUCCGUCCCCUUCUCCCUCCUUCCCUCCCUCCCUCCGCGUCUGGCGCGCUGCACAAUGGCGGCUCCCGGCCCCGGCUCUGGCUCCGGCGGCGGCGGGUCCCAGGCGGCGCACACGACAGUCAGCAGCAUGCAGGGCUUUCAGAUAAACUUCUGUGAAAAAGCACAAAACUGUUGCUGUGAGGAGAUAGGAGGUAAGCGCAGAGCACUGAAGUUGAAUUUUGCAAACCCACCUUUCAAAUCCACAGCGCGAUUUACUUUGAACCCUGGAGUUCCUUUUCAGAAUCCACACAUUGAUACACAAGCAACAAUGGGUAGUAAUCACAUUGCCCCGUUCACUUUCAAAAGGAGAGAAGCGGAGAUGAUCGUGAAACUUUCCAGCAGGCUACAAGAGAGACUGAGAACACACAGCAUUGAAUCAUCAGGAAAAUUGAAGAUUUCCCCUGAACAACAUUGGGAUUUUACUGCAGAGGACUUGAAAGAUCUUGGAGAAAUUGGACGAGGCGCUUAUGGUUCGGUCAACAAAAUGGUCCACAAACCAAGUGGGCAAAUUAUGGCCGUUAAAAGAAUUCGUUCAACAGUGGAUGAAAAGGAACAGAAACAGCUUUUAAUGGAUUUGGAUGUAGUUAUGCGAAGUAGUGAUUGCCCAUAUAUUGUUCAGUUUUAUGGAGCACUCUUCAGAGAGGGUGACUGUUGGAUCUGUAUGGAGCUCAUGUCUACCUCGUUUGAUAAAUUUUACAAAUAUGUAUAUAGUGUAUUAGAUGACGUUAUUCCAGAAGAAAUUCUAGGCAAAAUCACUUUAGCUACUGUGAAAGCACUAAACCACUUAAAAGAAAACUUGAAAAUCAUUCACAGAGAUAUUAAACCUUCCAAUAUUCUUCUGGACAGAAACGGAAAUAUUAAACUCUGUGAUUUCGGCAUUAGUGGACAACUUGUAGACUCCAUUGCCAAAACCAGAGAUGCUGGCUGCCGGCCCUACAUGGCACCAGAGAGGAUAGACCCCAGUGCAUCCAGGCAAGGAUAUGAUGUCCGCUCUGAUGUCUGGAGCUUAGGGAUUACAUUGUAUGAACUGGCCACAGGACGGUUCCCCUAUCCCAAAUGGAAUAGUGUUUUUGAUCAACUGACACAAGUAGUCAAGGGAGACCCACCACAGCUGAGUAACUCAGAGGAACGGGAGUUCUCCCCAAGUUUUAUCAACUUUGUCAACUUGUGCCUUACAAAGGACGAAUCCAAAAGGCCAAAGUAUAAGGAGCUUCUGAAACAUCCCUUCAUCCUAAUGUAUGAGGAGCGAACAGUGGACGUUGCGUGCUAUGUUUGUAAAAUCCUGGAUCAAAUGCCAACAACUCCGAGCUCUCCAAUGUAUGUCGAUUGAUACUGCUGCUACAUCAAAACUCUAGUGCAAAUGCUGAGAAAAAGCAAGAUGUACAGAAUCUUCACCCCGUAUUGCAGUGUUUUAACGCUCGCCCAGACACCAUGUGCAAUAAUGUUGGUGUUUUUCUUCCAUUCUGUCUGUAUAUUAUUGUCACUUAUAAAGUGCAUCCAUGUAAUAAUACCUGAUCACAGUGUUAGUGUCAGUCAAAGAGAGACCUCAUUUUGCUCUUUUUGUGGACAUAUUCAUAAAACGUGGAAAUAAGUAACAUUUUAUUUGUUGACCAUGAUUGGAUAGCACCUAAAGUUAAUUUCUAGACUCAGAGACUUCUCAGCAGCUACUGGAAUUCUUUUAUUCUUAAACUCUUCCAAUUGUUACAGAUAAUAUAAAAGAAAGGAAGUUAGGCAUUGGCCUAUCUGAUUCUGAACAUAAACUGCUUGGGGAGAAAAAAACUUUUAUGCAGCCAAAUGAGCUACUUUUACCUUCUGAAGCCAACAAAGGCAAAGAGGGGAUAAUAUAUAAAUAUAUAAAUAUAUAUAUUUCUUCACAAAGUGCAAUAGAUUAAUUGAUUUGAAAUUCUGUUGCUUUUCAGUCACAGUAUAUGUUUUAAAGACAAUUGUGGCUCAGCAGAACUUCAUAUUUCAGAGGGAGAAAGAAGUGAUCAUGUAAAAUGGACUAUGUCUUUACCAAAAAAUAAAAAAUAAAAAUGCAUUGCAUUGCAUUGAAAGGAGCUAACAAUUAAACUCAUGAGAGUAUGAGUUUGAACUCAUGGAGAAUAAUGUAUUAUUUCAUUUUCCAAGCAAGCCACUCUUCAGUAGAACUAGGUGUCCUGUAAAUUGUUACCUGGUGCGAUAAGACUUUUACCUGAGGAAUUAUUAAACUACUCAGUUGAAUUUAACUGGCUUGUGACCCCUGAUUUCCAACUCAUGACUAAACUUUCACCAUUGAAAGGGUACGGGACAGUUCACAGUUGUGAAGAGUUAUUUUACAUUGUUAAUAAUUAUUUGUAAUUUAUCUCCAUCAAGCUUCUCAUGUUUUCCAGUUGCAUAGAAACUUCCCACAGAGCUCCAGGUAUGACUUGGAUUUCUGAUAAUAACCCCACAUCCCUAUCAGUUGGAUAGUUGGGCUUCCAAAAUCCAACAAAGAGGAUGCUAAAUAUGUUUGCUUUCAUUUUGUAGAUGAAUUCGUUUACUGUAUUAAAAGAAUUUCCUAACACAACGGUAACUAAGAACUGGAAUGUUACAUUCUUAAAAGCAUGUGACAGAAAAAAGGAAACCCAGAGGUUAUAUUGCCAGACGGGGGGUGGGUUGGGGAGCCCUUUAAACAAUUAUAUUGUCAUUUCAACUGCAUCCAGUGUGACAUUGUCUUCUAAGUCACAAGGGGGAGGAAGUGGUGUUUUUUUAAAAAAAAUCCAAAGUUAUUUGUAAUCUCAGUAACUGUCACUAUUUAACAUGUAAUACUAGAAUUGUAAGGGAUUAAGCUUUACCAUCGAUGGGUCAGCGAUAAUAAGACCCUGUUACUAUAACCAGUUAACUUAAUUUUCUCUAGCAUACCAUCUGAUUAAUAGGAUUUGGGGGCAAAAACUUGGUCAACACCAUAAGAGAUAAUGUAUUGAAAUGGGAACCAGUUGGGACCAGGGCCAUUCCAAGACAUUUUGCUGCCUGAGGCAAAUGACAAGUGCAGAAGCUGACCAAACUGCCAGGUAAGCACCCACCACCUGAGCGGCUGCUUCACUUGCCCAAUGGUAGGCAAAGUUCCUGGUUGGGACUGUUUUAAUGUAGUAAUUAUUCAUUGUAAUCCACUCAGGUGGAAGAUUUUCAACCUCAUCCAGAUGUUCCCAACCUGUAUACGCAUAUCUCCUGGCUUUUUCCUCUUUGUGCCUGCCAAAAAUUGAAUAGUAAUUAGAGCCCCUUUCAUCCUGCAUUCUAUUCUCACGUAUGUUAGCAGAGCAUUUCCAUUCAGUCAACCACAAAUGGAGGUAGCUCCUGUUCAGGCUGAGUGGAUGUCUGAGAGAAACUGACUGUUCUAGCAUAUUAAUCAUAGAUUGAUAUAUUAAGGGUGCAGCAUUUAUAUUACAGUAUAUGUUUAUAAAGAUGUAUAGUGUUCAGAAGCUGUGAAAAUAGUGUAAGAACUGUACAUUGUGAGCUCUGGUUAAUUUUUUUCUUGUACCAUAGGAAAAAAUUGUAAAGUUUAUUGAGAAGCUGAUGUGCAGGGGAUACUGCCUUAUUGUCUGUAAGUAAAAUUGAGUUUGACAACACAAUAGCUUCUAAGAGCUUCCAACUAUUUUAUCCUCUCCUGGUUUGACUUCCUCUUCUAUUUAAAAUACUCUACAUGGAAUCAAAGUGUUAAUGUAAUAGCCACCACCCACCCCCCGCCUGCAGGUCAGUUGUAAUAAAUCAAGGAUCCGAAUAUGAUCUUGUUAUAAGGUCAGACAUGAUGGGGAAAUCAAUAAAUGCAAAAUGAAAUUUAAAAAUGCCAUCUUUCUCUGGCCAAGUUUUCCUAUUUAUUGCAGUUUUCAAGAAGGACCAAAAGGGAUGGUGGGACUUUGAGGGGGGUGCCCCUGAAAUACAAGAGGCUCAGCUGAUCCUGACCAUUGAAUCAUAGAAUCAUAGAGUUGGAAGAGACCACAAGGGCCAUCCAGUCCAACCCCCUGGCAAGCAGGAAACACCAUCAAAGCAUUCUUGGCAUAUGCCUGUCAAGCCUCUGCUUAAAGACUUCCAAAGAAGAAGACUCCACCACACUCCUUGGUAGCAAAUUCCAACUGCCGAACAGCUCUUACUGUCAGGAAGUUCUUCCAUUGUUUGACCUUUAAACAAUUUUUUACUCCCCUGAACCAAUUACUCUGUUUGCUGUCUAUGCAUUUUACACAGUGGUACCCCCAUUCUGACUGCAAGCUUUUUAAUCUAGCAGAGCUUCCAUCAGUAGAAUGGGGAGGGGUGUGCUUUUUGUUGAUUCCCCCAGUCUCCUGUGCCAUCUCACACACUGUUCUGAAGGGUUCCCCCAACCCUAUGGAGUAUGUUUUGGGGGACUUCAGGUUGGAAGGAGGAAUUGCCAAAAUUUGCCUCUCACCCUUUUCUGCCGCUGGAAGCCUUUGCUGGAUCAAAGAGCUUUCUAUCAGCAUAAGGGAGAAAUAAUUGGAUAGUAUUUUUCAUCUUUAGCUCCUACUGUAUUUGAGGUCUGACAUUACCACAUGAAUGACCCAAUUACUUCUCAUGCAUGGCAUAUAACACUUGUGCAUCCUAGAUUUGAAUUUGCCUUUUGGGCAACAGCAUCAUGUUGCUGAUUUAUGUUAUGUUUGUAAUUUAACACAAAAGAUCUUUCUCAUCAGUUGCCCUGCCCAACAAGGUAGCUGCCAUUUGGGACUUUUGUUUCUUGUUCCAUCUGUUUUGUAUUUUUGUUACUGGUUUCAAUAAAUUCAUUGAAAUCA